AUGGCGUCGGCCCUCGAACCCAUCGACGUCGAUGGCAUCAUCGACAAGCUCCUGAGCGUCAACCUCCUCGAGAGCGAGAUCCGCGCGCUCUGCCUCCACUCGCGCGAGAUCUUCCUCUCGCAGCCGAUCCUGGUCGAGCUCGAGGCGCCGAUCAAGAUUUGCGGCGACAUCCAUGGCCAGUACUACGAUCUGCUUCGACUAUUCGAGUAUGGCGGCUUCCCGCCGGACGCCAACUACCUCUUCCUCGGGGACUACGUGGACCGCGGCAAGCAGAGCCUCGAGACCAUCUGCCUCCUCCUCGCGUACAAGAUCAAGUACCCGGAGAACUUUUUCAUCUUGCGCGGCAACCACGAGUGCGCGUCAAUCAACCGCAUCUACGGCUUCUACGACGAGUGCAAACGCCGCUACAACAUCAAGCUCUGGAAGACGUUUACGGACUGCUUCAACUGCCUCCCGGUCGCGGCGAUCGUCGACGAAAAGAUCUUUUGCAUGCACGGCGGCCUCUCGCCCGAGCUCAGCCAAAUGGAACAGAUCAAGCGCUUUGUGCGCCCGACCGACGUGCCCGACACGGGUCUCCUCUGCGAUCUGCUCUGGUCGGACCCCGAGAAGGACAUUCUCGGCUGGGGCGAGAACGACCGCGGUGUUUCGUUCACGUUUGGCCCCGAUAUUGUUAGUCAGUUUUUGAAGCGCCACGACCUCGACCUCAUCUGCCGCGCCCACCAAGUCGUCGAAGACGGCUACGAGUUCUUCGCCAAGCGCCAGCUCGUGACGCUUUUCUCGGCGCCCAACUAUUGCGGCGAGUUUGACAACGCCGGCGCCAUGAUGUCGGUCGACGAGUCGCUCAUGUGCUCGUUCCAGAUCCUCAAGCCCGCCGAGAAGAAGCAGCGCUUUGCGUACCAGGGCAUGGGCGGUGCCGGCGCGCAGCGGCCCGCAACGCCUCCGCGAAAGUAA